UUUGUCACCGAUCAAUCACUAUGAAGCUCGAGAAAGUGCCUGACACGUCUCUUUUUUCUUCGUAUCUCAUUCAUACAACGGGACUGAGAUAUAUUUGAUUUUCCAUAACGAAAGAUUCUCACUGGAAAUGAAGGCAGAGCCAAAAUCCCAGCAUCGUCAUCCUUUCUGAGCUAUCAAUCUUUCAUAUUCUGAUCCCGAGGAGGUGGAGGGAAAUAACAGGUGCUGGGAUUGUGACACUUGACAAUUGGAUGGCCUGACCUUUAUCUGUUUGAGAAAUGUACAAAUAUGGAAAAGCUUCUUUCCCCUCUUCUUUUACACAGCCUUGCCCGUGCUCUGACUUAUCAACCCCUAUUCCUUCUCUUCCUUCCUUAAUAACAGCACCUCUCUCUCUCUCUCUCUCUCUGAUCUACUCGUGGGUUCUCUGUUACUUCUUGAUCAGCGAAAUCAGGGCAGAUAUGGGAUUGAGGAUUGGCCAAAAUCCAACUACUUGGCAGCCUUUCCAGUUUGCAUCCCCUUUUCUAUUUUGUUAUGCCCCAAACUCAGCAGAGAAAAUUUACCCUUCCAUGUUGAAAACAUGUGGGGGAAGCAAUACAUUCCUGGCUUACCGAUUGGCUUACCAGCCCUCUCGUUCCCGGUCACGUUAUUGUAGAGAAAAUGGCAUAAGGCAAGCUUGUGGGGCGAAUUUUGAUGAACUCUCCGAUGAAGAAACGAUGAAACAGAUGCUAAAUCUUAGAGAUUAUGACGAGGAAAUUGACAAGAAAAAUGCUUGCACAGUAUCGGAAACCUCGGGAAAAACUAGGCACAUAGAAGGUGAAGAUAUCGUCAAGUUAUGGCACGUUGCAGCUUUGAAGCUUAAUGCUUUGGAGCCUUCUUUGCUGGGUAUCAAGCCUGAGCCACCGCAGUGGCCCGAGAGAGAUGAGGUUCUUCGCAUUAGCAUUCAAAGGAGAGUGAACAGAAUGGAAAUCCCCAUAUCGCUUCGCAUAAUCAAGAGGAAGCAGCAAUGGGACGAGAGUUUGAAAGAACCGGGCGACUCUACUUACUGUUCUAUAAAGAGGGCCUUCUCUUCAAUGGUAUUUAUAAUCAGAGAACUUCAGAGCUGCGCGCUACAAAUGAGGGAAAGUCUCUAUUCUGAAGAUUUGCGUGGGAUUGUUGAGAAGGUACAGAGAGAACUGAAUGUGUCAUUUGUUUGGGUCUUCCAACAAGUUCUUUCGCGGACUCCGACUCUUAUGGUUUACGUGAUGAUUCUUUUGGCUAAUUUCACGGCAUGUUCUAUGGCCCAUUACUUUGUGACUGCCGCUGCAGCACCGGCAGUAUCUCAUGGAACUAUCACAGAGAAUGAGAACAAGGAUCGACCUCAGUUUAAGCUCGAUCCUAUGGUAAUUAGGCCGAUUUCAAUUUCAUCUUCGAGUAUAGGUGCUGCUGCUGCUGGUCGCAGCGACAGAUUAAACCCUGCUGUUGAUGACACUGAGGGUGGGGAGGAGGUAAAUUUGUGGAAUUCAGUGGUGGAAGAAGCUUCAAGAAUGCAGGCAGAGAUGAGCGGGGAGGCCCUUGAUCAUAAAACGAAGCAACAUUUAGUGUCACCGGUAACUGUGGAGCUAGAACGAGAAGAUUAUGAGGAUUACUUUAGGAGAGAUCUCUUUUACCAGUUGGAGUUAUCCCGGGAGCCAAAUAAUACUCUUCUGCUGUCCAACCAUGCACAAUUCCUCCACCUGAUCGUUCAUGACAAUGACAGGGCAGAAGAGUGCCUUAAGCGUGCGUUGCUGGUAGAUCCUAUGGAUGCCGAAGGACUGUGUCGAUAUGCAGACUUUCUGUGGAUGUCAAGAAAGGACCUGUGGGGAGCAGAAGAGAAGUAUGAGCAAGCAAUGGCAGCUGAGCCAGGCAACCCUUAUUAUGCAUCCAAGUAUUCUAAUUUCCUUUGGAGCACUGGUGGUUAAGAUACUUACCUCCCACUUAAUACAUUUUACGAUGGCUACAAUAAAGUUUUGUGAUCGAGGAGAGGUAGUGUCAAAUUGUCAAUGGCAGAACGCCAUUAGAAUCUCAUUAUGCUAUCCAUAUAUUUUAGUUUAUUAUUCCUUAAUUUCUCAGUGCUGCCACGAAGUUUGGAAUAUACGUAUGUGUAUGUGACGCAUGUAUAUGGCCCAAAGGCUGUGGAGCAGAGAGAUAUUCUCAAGCCUUCUUGUUUCCAUGAAUUCCCCUUUGAUUACAGAAAUAACUUGCAGCGAAUCCACUUUCAAAGUAUGUUGCAAAGA